GGUGAUUAAACACAACUGCUAAAAUGCCAUUAAAUGCUUUUGAUAACAGGCUAAGUCCGCAAUGGUAUCUUUAUUCAGUAUCUCCAUUUUAGCAUCUGACAUUUCCUGUUUGUUAAAUUUAUUGUCGUGAAUUUGCUAAAUUGGGUAUUUCAAAUGGUUCCUUUUGCAGAAAGGGUUGUAUUUAGUUUGGGGAGUGGUAGAGUAGGCUGGAAGGUGGGAGAAUUAUAACAUGUAGCACUUGUUUAGAAAGUUCAGCUGUAGGUUUAUAAAUGCUUUGGAGGUGGGGGUUCCAUUUUACAGAUGGACAAACCUGAGUCCAUUUGCCCAGUGUCUCCCUGUGAGUCAGUGGAAUUACUGGGAGUAGAACCCAUGUCUUCCAGCCUUGUGUCCUGGACCAUAGGUUGCUCUGACAUUUUGCACUGGCCCUGCUCUUCCAUAGAUGGAUUGUUCUGUUAAAGAGAACAGUUGUGUUUGUAUAAUGAUCUCUCUUUGGAAUGGCUUUCUUCACACUAAUAUUUCUGUGAAAUUAUUUAUAUUGAAAUUUCCCACCUACUCUGUUACCUGAUGCUGCAAAUGCAUAGUGCCUAUAAUGCAAUGCAUGGUGACCGUGAUGUUAAGAAAACUAUAGUCCUUCCAGCCCAGAGCCAUACUGAGUGUUUUUUGUUGAGUUGUGAAGCGCUUUGGGUUACAUGCUGGCACAUACUUCUUGAUUUGGCUGAUUUUCAUCCUGUCCUGCUGGUUGUAUAGGUACAUUGCAGUGCACUGUGGGAUAUGUGGGGCUGGCGUUUGGGCAUUAAAGUCUUCCCAUUACGGCUGCCAUCUUUCUCUGCAGUAGAAGCACAUAAUGUGAGGAGUGUGUUCAUGGUGGUGGGGGAUAACAGCUUCUCUGACAACGGUGUGAAGUGCCUCUGAUUAACUGACACUGAAGCAAUGAGAAACACCAGUAUGAGUAGUGCUCAGGGCAGUGGUUCUCAAGCUGUUUACCAUUGUGGGCUGCAUAUGUGGCCCACAAUGCGUUCGGUGAACCGCAUUCAAUACUGUAUGGCUCUGAGGAUGUCAUAUGAACUGCAGCUGUGUGCUGAUUGGGCCGUGGGUUGAGACUCACUGGCUCAGAGUAACACACUGCACCAGUCCUCAUUACAUAGUAGAGGUGUUCUUGUCUAAAGUCUGAUGAGUAAAGACAGGUGUCUUCCUUAUAGUCAAGAUUCCUUGAUGAGGAUCCUAAGUGCUUUUAUUACUCCUGUCCCUGGCACUUCUACUGUUCUCUUGUGCCACCAUUUGGAGACUUGAUCCCGUGGUUUAAAAGAAGUAAAUGGGUGUGAGUAAUUCAACUCUUGGAUGGGAGUCCCGCCUCAACGUGCAAAUCAGUGAUAGAUAAUUCCUGCCUACGCACCACAGAAGGGUUCCCUGACCAUUGAACCAAUGUAGUUCUGCUGCCAAGGAAGCAAGGGAUUUGUCAGGUUAAUUCCACAGGGGCUGCCUGUACAGCAGCACACUGAAGAGAUGUGCAGGGUUCAGAAGAUCCACUGCUGUAUGGAUCCUCCACCCUAUGGUGGGAACCCAAAAGGGGCAUGGAGGGAUAUUUCAAUGGGCUGAACUAGUUUCUGUUGGAUAGUUCCUCACCCACUACAUGGUGUGGGGGACACUUUGCCCAUCUGCCAUCACUUAGCCCAGCUUCUUGGGCUGGGUGCUCACAUGAAGAUUUGGCUGAUAGUAUAUUGAGAUGAGAGCUGACUUAAAUCAUGUUACACCUUUCUGGGAGUUAAUUUAAUUUCCCCCAUAGAGUAUACACAUUAGGAUCCAGCUUUUUAGUGUCACCCAGUUUUUUGUGAUAGAACUUUGUGCUCACAAUUAAUUGUGCCUGUAUUCUUAUGCCUGCAGAAAAGGAAGCUCAGUCCAGGCCCCUUUAACAAUCCAGUCACCAAUUAUUUAGCUAUGCUCCUUUUACACUGAUUUAUUAGUGAAAUUCUUUGGGGGUGGGGAGGAAUGGAAGCCACAAGUCCCAAAGCUGCAGGCCAAGGUAAAUAGCAUGUCAUAAUAUAUUUAACAAAUGAGGAUGCAAACGAUAGGGAAAUAAUACCAGAGAGGAAGAAUAUAUUCCCUGGUUGGGAAGUUAUUGAGUGUUUAGAGUCAGGGAAUAGAUAGAUUAAUCUGGGGAAGGGGAAGCCACAAAGAGGUCCCUGAGCUACAGCCUAAGCUGCUAAGUGAGUCAAACUUUACUAGCCGUAUAAACCACAGAAAAAUAUUCAUCAAAGCAAGGCGAAAACAGAUUGCACUGGCUAGGAAGCUAUAGAACAUUUAGGUGGUAGGAGAUGCUUCCUUGGUUUGCCUCUUUGCUUUAAAAUAAAAACAUUUUUAAAAAAAUCACUGCCUGUGCAAAGAAUUGUAGUUCCUGGCCCACCAAGCCCAUUCGCAGAGGAAAAUAUCUCCCCAAACCGCACUCUGUUAGGCCUUCAGUGUUUAAGGAUUUAGCUCUAAAACCCAUUCCCAGAUUUUCCCCUCGGACCCCUGCUUUACUAAAGACAGGAGCAGAAUUCCGUGCGUGUUGUAGCCCUGUGGGUCCCAGGAUAUUAGAGACACAAGGUGGGUGAGGUGGUGUCUUUUAUUGGACAAGCCUCUGCUGGGGGGAGAGACAAGCUUUUGCGCGUUUACACCGAGCUCUGCUUCAGGAGCAGAAUUGUACAGUCGGUCUCCUUUUGGGGGGGGGGGGCUUUAACCCCCUCCCUCUAACGCUGGCCGCUCGCCUUGUGGUCAAAGCCACCCGUGCGGAUGCUUCCAGUUCCCCCCGGCCUUGUAGCCGGGUGGGGGGGCAGGAUGCCGGGCGCCCCGUCGGUAGCUGCCCGCCCCUCGCCCAGCGUGCGGGGCUCAUUCCAAGGCGAUCCAGGCCGCCUUUUGCAGCGCACCCGAGGCUGUCUUCGCGAGCCGCGCAGCCCGGCGGAGAUCACAUGUCACGCGGCUGCCGCCCGCUGCCGCCUCCCGCUUUGUAGUGUCGGAGCCCCGGAGCGACACGCGAGCUCCCCGCUCGGAUCGCGGCGGCCGCCCGCCUCCGGAGAGGCGCUGCCCGGCACCUGGGCAGCAUUUACCUGGGGCUGCCGGAGACAGAACCAGAAACGCUUCAUUAAAGGGCUGAGACAGUACGGUAAGAACUUCUUCAGGAUCCGAAAGGAGUUACUUCCCAAUAAGGAGACCGGAGAACUAAUCACUUUCUAUUACUAUUGGAAGAAAACGCCUGAAGCAGCAAGUUCCCGAGCCCACCGUAGGCAUCGAAGGCAGGCUGUGUUUCGGAGAAUUAAGACUCGAACUGCUUCCACUCCAGUAAACACUCCCUCCAGGCCCCCCUCUAGCGAAUUCUUGGACUUGAGCUCAGCCAGCGAAGAUGAUUUUGACAGCGAGGACAGCGAACAGGAACUGAAGGGUUACGCCUGUCGUCACUGCUUCACAACCACCUCCAAGGACUGGCACCACGGCGGUCGCGAAAACAUCUUGCUGUGCACUGACUGCCGCAUCCACUUCAAGAAGUACGGAGAGCUCCCGCCCAUCGAGAAACCAGUGGACCCUCCGCCCUUUAUGUUUAAGCCUGUCAAAGAGGAAGAUGAUGGACUCAGCGGAAAGCAUAGCAUGAGGACAAGGCGGAGUCGAGGCUCGAUGUCUACACUACGUAGUGGUCGUAAAAAGCAGCCAGCCAGCCCUGAUGGUAGAGCCUCGCCCACUAACGAAGACAUCAGAUCCAGUGGCCGCAACUCUCCCAGUGCUGCUAGCACCUCCAGCAAUGACAGCAAAGCAGACUCUGUGAAGAAGUCCACCAAGAAGAUAAAAGAAGAGGCAUCUUCUCCUCUCAAGAGUUCCAAGCGCCAGCGGGAAAAGACAGCAUCUGACACAGAGGAACCUGAGAGAACCAACGCCAAAAAAUCCAAAACUCAAGAGAUCAGCAGGCCAAACUCUCCCUCGGAGGGCGAGGGGGAAGGCGAAAGCUCGGAUAGUCGCAGCGUCAAUGACGACGGGAGCAGUGAUCCAAAGGACAUUGACCAGGACAACCGAAGCACGUCGCCCAGUAUCCCCAGCCCCCAGGACAAUGAGAGUGACUCGGAUUCAUCUGCUCAGCAGCAGACGCUACAGGCGCAACCUCAAGUGCUCCAGGCACAGAAUGUCCCUGCCCAAGCUCCGCCUUCUACCCCGCCCAUUUCAACACAGUUACCAACACCCAUAUCAGCAGCCUCAGGCACCCUUACAGCCCCCCUGCAGGUUUCACCGUCAGUGUCUCAGCCUCCCAGCCAGCCCCCAGCGCCACCACCUCACUCUCACAUACAGCAGGCCCCUGCUUUGCACCCUCAGAGACUCCCCUCACCGCACCCGCCGCUGCAGCCUUUGACAGUGUCUCAGAGUCAACCCCAGGGUCCUGCCUCAUCGCAGCCACAUUCACAGCCUCCGCUUCCUGGCCAGGUCCAGCCUGUCCCUCAUAACCUGCAGGCCCAGCCUCUCCUGCCUCAUCCAGUACCUCCCCAACCUUUCCCUCUCCCCCCACAGCCUUCUCAGUCUCAGGGUCCCCUUCAGACACAGCCUGCUUCUCACCCGCAUGCUGCUCUGCAGGUUCAAGCAGUGCAGCCUGCCCUGCAAGCGCAGGCCGCGCUGCAGCAACCGCAACCCCCUCGGGAGCAGCCCCUACCUCCAGCCCCCAUGGCCAUGCCCCACAUCAAACCCCCUCCUACGACCCCGAUCCCACAGCUUCCCACUCCCCCAUCCCACAAGCACCCUCCCCACCUCUCCGGGCCAUCUCCAUUCUCCAUGAAUUCCAACCUGCCGCCGCCACCUGCUCUGAAACCUCUCAGCUCCCUUUCCACCCAUCACCCUCCUUCGGCGCACCCUCCUCCCUUGCAGCUGAUGCCUCAGAGUCAGCCCCUGCAGUCUUCUCCAGCCCAGCCCCCAGUCCUGACUCAGAGUCAGAGUCUUCCGCCAGCAGUGAGCCACCCCCCAUCUGGCCUCCAUCAAGUGCCCUCCCAGGUCCCCUUUUCUCAGCAUCCAUUUGUCCCUGGGGGCCCGCCUUCUACUGCUUCUCCAUCUUGCCCUUCCACUUCCACGCCACCUUGCGUGCCUGGCGUCCCGUCUCAGGCACCUGUUGCCACCUCUGCGACUUCCAGUGGAAACGUUCCAGUGGUGACAUCCUGCACAAUACCGUCUAUUCAGAUCAAAGAGGAGGCUCCCGAUGAGGCAGAGGAGCCAGAAAGCCCACCUCCCCCACCCAGAAGCCCGUCGCCUGAACCUACUGUGGUGGACACACCAAGUCAUGCCAGUCAAUCAGCCAGGUUCUAUAAGCACCUGGACCGUGGCUACAACUCGUGCGCAAGGACAGACCUGUACUUCAUGCCUCUGGCAGGAUCCAAACUAGCAAAGAAAAGAGAGGAGGCAAUCGAGAAGGCCAAGCGGGAAGCAGAGCAGAAAGCAAGAGAAGAGAGGGAGAGGGAGAAAGAGAAGGAGAAAGAGAGGGAGAGAGAGCGGGAGCGUGAAAGAGAAGCAGAAAGAGCGGCGCAGAAAGUGUCCAGCUCCUCCCAUGAAGGUCGCCUUGGGGAGUCCCAGCUCCCUGGACCAACUCACAUGAGACCUUCAUUCGAACCUCCACCCACAACCAUCGCCGCUGUUCCACCUUACAUAGGUCCAGACACGCCCGCGUUACGGACUCUCAGCGAGUACGCCCGUCCUCACGUGAUGUCACCAACAAACCGCAACCACCCAUUCUUUGUUCCCCUGAACCCCACUGAUCCUCUCCUGGCCUACCACAUGCCUGGCCUCUAUAAUGUGGACCCCACCAUCCGAGAACGGGAGCUCCGGGAGCGGGAGAUCCGGGAGCGGGAGAUCAGGGAAAGGGAGUUGCGAGAGAGGAUGAAACCAGGCUUUGAGGUGAAACCACCUGAACUCGAUGCACUGCACCCAGCUACCAACCCCAUGGAGCAUUUUGCCAGACAUGGCGCACUGACUAUACCCCCAACAGCAGGACCCCAUCCGUUUGCUUCCUUCCACCCGGGUUUAAACCCCCUUGAAAGGGAGAGACUUGCGCUGGCAGGCCCCCAGUUACGGCCUGAAAUGAGCUACCCUGACAGACUGGCAGCAGAAAGAAUACACGCUGAGCGGAUGGCGUCGCUCACAAAUGACCCAUUGGCACGUCUCCAGAUGUUCAACGUGACGCCUCACCAUCACCAACAUUCGCAUAUACAUUCGCAUCUACACCUCCAUCAGCAGGACCCGCUACAUCAAGGUUCAGCAGGACCUGUUCACCCGCUGGUGGAUCCCUUGGCAGCUGGACCCCACUUGGCACGUUUCCCCUACCCACCUGGUACCAUCCCCAACCCGCUGCUAGGGCAGCCACCACACGAGCAUGAAAUGCUCCGACACCCAGUCUUCGGUACCCCCUACCCACGAGACCUGCCUGGUGCUAUCCCACCUCCAAUGUCAGCAGCCCAUCAACUGCAGGCCAUGCAUGCCCAGUCAGCAGAGCUGCAAAGACUGGCUAUGGAGCAGCAGUGGUUGCACGGGCAUCCCCACAUGCACGGUGGGCAUCUACCAAGUCAGGAAGAUUAUUACAGUCGACUGAAGAAAGAAGGUGACAAACAGUUGUAAUAAAUUAUUUAUUUGUAAUGCCGGCUAUGGAAACCCCAGUCCUUGGGAAGGAAUGGAACAUUUUUUACAUACAAUAAGAGCUGCAAAAGAAUAUCUUAUAAAGAUUUCUUUAUAUAUUUAAACCUAAAGAAAACGCCCACCUCCCCUACCAACAGCUAAAGACUUACUGGCAUAAAUAGUGUUCAUUUGUAGAGAAGAUUUCUCAAGACUGGUGUGGGCUUCCCUGCAUGACCACCUAUUCAGAAGCCUAUUGAAAAUACAGGACUGUUUGGAAUUCUCAGAGAACUACCCUGCAAUCUUGGGGCGGAGGGAGGCGGGGGGGCGGGAUGUUUUGGUUGGAUUGAUUUGGGGUAGGUGCUAGAAUCAGGUUCACAACACGACAGUCACUGUGCGUGAAGAGACACUCAAUGCAUCUAUAUAUAUAUAUAUAUAUAUAUAUAUAUAUAAACCCGAAAAAAAUAAGGAUUGCAAGUAGGUGGCGUAACAAGCUCUGAAUCCAAGUGCUAUAAUAAUAAAAUAAUUACUUUUAUUUUAAUACAUUGUAGGAAAUCUUCAUACUUUUAAAGAGAGCUCAGUUCUUCAGCAUGGCUUUUCAAGUCUGUAAAUAAUGUUUUGGGUGGCAGGGGAGGAAAAAUAACAAAACUCCACAAACGUAACAAUCUUGUUUUUUUCAUUAACAUCACAAAUCCUGGUAGUGACAGAAUACAGAGUUGAUUUUUAAUAAAAAUAAAUAUAUAUAAUUAUCCCUUUAAUUAAAGGGAAAUAAUGGGUGUCAAUAAUUUCAAAUGGGCAAAUGCUUGAAAUUUGAUUUGGUAGCAACAAUAAGCAUUAAAGGCAGUUGCAGGGAUAAUGUUACAAAUGACUGUUUCUGUUCCCCCCCUUUUUUCCCCCCAUUAUCAUUAUAUCUUUCCAUUCUGCAGAUGACUUUUAUUGAGUUCUGCUUCUCAGCAGUACAGAUGUCCCUUGAAACUAGCUUGCCCUUUCUGUCUCUACUGUAGAGGUUAUUGUAAAUUUGGCUGCAAUCUGCCUCCUUCUAUUGUCUUUUAAAAACAAUAGUCUCGCUAAAUUUGUGUUAAGCUAUCUCUUUAAAUUUUAGCUAGUAGUAGCAAAAAUUCUAAGAAGUAAUAUCUUCCUUUAAAUGUGAUGUGUAGCUCAAACUAUUAAAGUCAGGGUUGUGUGGGAAGAAUUUUUGGAUUGGAGCCCACUUUCUCUGGCUUUUGUUUUAUAUAUUUCUAAGGAGAGACUAGACAAUUGAACUACAGAGUUGUGUUUUUAAAGUUCUUUCACAAACACCAAUAAUCUAAAUUUAACCUGUCUCUUACUGAAGGCUGCUCGUUUUGGGGGGUUUUUUGUAACAUGUCUCAAGGGUUUGUGUAUCAAGGAACCUGCUGCUGUGGGAUUAGCCAGAGGUAUUCAGUAACAUUGCUGACUCCCAUCACAACAGGUUCAUGCUGAAUAGCCCAGAUUGGCUGGAAGAAGAACUUUGCCCAUGUGUGUCCAUGGCUGAUAUAUGGCAAAGGAGAGAGGGCGCACACAGUAGAAGAAUAGGCAUAUAUUUUUGUAGAUAGCUUUGCUCGCUGCCUAAGCCAAGAUGCACAUCUUUCUUGAACACACACAUACCAAAACCAUCUUCUUGUUGUUGCAUUAGCCAUGUUUUCGAUAAGGCAGAGGGUGGCGGAUCCAGAGAACAUCUGCAUCUGCUGGUCAUGUUUUCUACUGGUACAUAACCUCUUCCAUUCUCUCUCUCAACUCUUGAGGGUUGUAGCUCUGCUGUGGUAGACUGUUAUAUGUGGUGGUCAUGUCAUAGGACUGUAUUGAGCCAUGUUAGAUAAACUUGUAGUUAAUCAUUCAGUCUUGUGGAAGGCAUGGCAUGAAUGGUGCUUCACCACCACACAGGGCAGAAACCAACAUUACCAUGUUGCUACUUAUUGGCUGCACUGACUGGGAGGUAAUGGCACCGAUUUAUGAAUUAAAACCUGCAUCAGGGAAUUCCAGGCUUAGUCUAUCCAUCUAUGUAGCAUGUAUGUCCAGGGGAGGAAGGCUAGUUUCAGUUCCAUCUCAUCUCUUUUCUCAUCCUUUCAUUCCAGUUCUCCUUUUAAUGCCAUUUCAGUUCCUCAGAGUGAGUCAGACCCAACAGAACUCUGUGUGAGCUUCGGUCUGCCAAGACUCCAGUGUUUUGACACGUGGGAGUUCUCUGGCUUGGAUACCAAGAGAUUCACCCUAGAACCAGGAACUAUAAUAUUUGUACAUUACUUCCAGUCUCUGUCUGGGGUUGUGGGGUAAAAUAGCAUUAACACCUAUCCAGCAAAUAUCAUGGCAGAGGUGCUAAUAAAAAUUUCCCUGGCCACAAAGAGCAUUAAUGUACUGAAGGCUUUAUUUAAUAAAAUUUCCAUCAAAAUUCAAUUUUUUUCACCCUCUAGAAUUGGGGAAGGGCAGGCAUGACACCACCACCAAUCGCACAUGAUGCUGCCUCUCUAUUUCAGUCUUUUUUUCUUUUCUUUUUUUCCAAGGAAAAAGAUGUUGAUUCCUUCAUGUUGUCCUUUCUCUUUCCAUUUUUCCAAAGAACAAAGUAGUGCUUUGCAAUCCCUAUUCAAAAAGCUGUCCCUUGAUCUUUUUUUUUUGCAGCAUAGUAGAAUCUUUUAUGUUUCUGACAUCGUGGCACAAAGAAGCUCUGAGAUUCUUCCAUCUCAAUCCAAUGAUUAACUACAGCUUUAUUUGCAAUGGCUUUUGAAACCAUCUUGGUGUUCGAUGCCCUGUUAUUAUAACCCAGACCUUUUGGUUUCCUUUCAGAAAUCUCUCCUUUUUUCCUCUGUUUUGAAGAUUUUUUUUUUUUUGCUUUAGUGUUUCUGAAACGUCUCUUGUUCUAUGUCGUCAUGGUUGAGCUUGUUUCACUGCACCGUUAAAGCAGAGUGUACAUUCUGACUGCUACAUUUAUAUAUAUCUUGAAGCUUAAUGUAUAUAUGAGUAGUUUGCCAUGGGAUAACACAGUGUAAACAGAAUAGAAACCCAGAAAUCGUGACUUCUGUGUUCUCUCCAUUUGAGUAUUUUGUAAUUUUUUUGAAAUAUUUGUGGACAUAAAUAAAACCAAGCUACACUACAGCA